UUCUCCUCCCCUCUCAGGACUCUGUGGUUCCCUCGAUGUUUGGUUUUUCACGCGCUGGAAAAUGGAGCUUUAUUAACAGAGCAAAGAGAAAUCCUGGUGUGAGUGACAGAUGAAGAGGCCCACGGACUGAGAAGAUGAAACCGCUGCUGUGGACUGUUGCUGUUUUUCUGCAGACUCUGACUGGGAGCUGUGGGAGCGGCGUGCAGUUCACCAAGCACCCAUCCAAUCAAACCGUUUCUCAGGGGAACGAAGUGAGGCUGGGCUGUGCGGUGGAGGGGGUGACGGAGCCGGACAUCGUGUGGAUGAAGGAUGGAGAAAAGCUCUACAGCACUGACCAAGUCUUCCUCAUCCUGGGAGAACAGCACUGGGAGACAUCCCAUAGUGUGAAGUCGGUCCAGCAGCAGGAUGCUGGUCAAUACUGGUGUGAGGUGGAAUUCCACGGCCUGACCUUCUCCUCUCAGCGAGCCUGGAUAACAGUAGAAGGCGUCCCUCACUUCACCCAGGAGCCCCAGGAUGUGGCCACCUUUCCCAACACUCCCUUUAACCUGUCCUGUGCUGCCGUUGGACCCCCUGAGCCAGUGGAGGUGCUUUGGUGGCUGGGAGGAGUCCAGGAGGGAGAACCACAACAAUCCCCCUCUGUCCUCCAUGUCCCAGGUGUGAACAGCAGCAUCAAGUUCUACUGUGAAGCUAAGAACACCAGAGGGAUCUCCGUGUCCCGGACGGGGACGGCCCACAUUAAAGUGCUGCCAGCAGCUCCGGCCGCUCUGCAGCUUCUCAGGACCACAGGCAACAACAUCACGUUGUCAUGGAAACCAGGAUCCGAUGGUUAUUCAGAGAUCUCCCACUGUACAAUUCAGGUGGUGAGGAUCUCGGGCCGCAGGUGGGCCCUCCCCCCGCAGGAGGUCCCGGUUCCUCCUUACAAACACACGCUGACGGGCCUGAGGAGCUUCUCCAACUACAGCUGCAGGGUGUCCUGUGUGAACGAGGUGGGACCCUCCCCGUUCUCCCCAUGGCUGCACUUCGUCACUCCGGAGUCAGUGCCCUCUGCGGCCCCAAGGAACCUGAGCUUCCAGCUGUCUGAGCAGCAGCUGUUUCUGCAGUGGGCCCGGCUGAAGGAGGAUGAGCUGCAGGGGAGGCUGCUGGCCUACAAGCUGCAGUGGACUCAUGGAGGGGAACCACAGGAGCCACUGCUGUUUAAGGACAACACUGCUCAGAUCUCAGGGGGAGGGCGUUUCUUCAACGCCUCCAUCCAGGUGGCGGCCUGCACCGCCGUCGGCUGUGGACCUUGGAGCCCCCCGGUUCUGGUGCUGCCUGCCCUAGCGCAGGUCCAGGUGCAGCGGAGCCACGUGUGGGUCGGCCUCCUGCUCGGCCUGCUCGUGGCCACCAUCGUCGGCCUCCUGCUCGCAGUCGCCGCCCAGCGCAGAGGGAAGGAGACAAAGUUUGGGUCGGCCUUUAAGGCUCCUGGUCCUGAGACGUCGGUGUUCUUCACGGCAGCUCGAUCCUUCAGCAGAAACGGGAAUGAUUUCCAUGAGUCCACCUUGGAGAGUCUCUGCAUCAGCAACGAGCUGAAGAACAAGCUGCAGGAUGUCCUGAUUCCAGAGAGACUUCUAACUCUGGGACACAUGCUGGGAAAAGGAGAGUUUGGCUCAGUGCGGGAAGCCAUUCUGAAGAGGGAGGACUCAUCUGUGGUGUCAAAGGUGGCCGUCAAAGUGCUGAAAUCUGACAUCACUUCUGCUGGUGACAUUGAGCAAUGUCUGAAGGAGGCAGCACACAUGAAGGACUUUCACCAUCCUAACGUCAUCAAGCUCAUCGGGGUGAGUCUACACCGACGUCAUGGCCAGCGGCUCCCAAUCCCAAUGGUGGUCCUGCCGUUUAUGAAGCAUGGGGAUCUGCACACCUUCCUGUUGCUCUCACGUUUGGGAGAGGAGCCAUUUGACCUUUCGCUUCAGACUCUGGUCCAGUUCAUGCUGGACAUUGCUCGGGGGAUGGAGUAUCUGAGCAGCAAGAGCAUCAUUCACAGAGACCUCGCUGCACGGAACUGCAUGCUGGAUGAAAGCAUGUCGGUGUGUGUGGCAGACUUUGGACUCUCUAAGAAGAUCUACAGUGGAGAUUAUUACCGUCAGGGUUCUGUUUCCAAACUGCCCGUCAAGUGGAUCGCCCUGGAGAGCUUGGCAGACAAUGUUUACACCACUCAGAGUGACGUGUGGGCGUUUGGUGUAACAAUGUGGGAGAUCAUGACCAGAGGUCAGACGCCGUAUCCUGGGGUGGAAAACUCAGAGAUCUACGAGUUCCUGAUCAAAGGAGAGCGCCUGAAGAAACCUGCAGACUGCAGAGAGGACAUCUACGAGAUCAUGCACAGAUGCUGGAGCCCGGUCCCUAAAUGCCGUCCCAGUUUCCAGCAGCUGGUCACUCAGCUUGAGGCGCUGCAUCUCACCCUGACCCCCACCACUCCUCUGAAGGAGCCUUUACUUUACGUCAACCUAGAAGAGGACAACAGGGAGAUGGACAGAGGAGGAGCUGUUGGGCCCCGGAUCCUGGGACCUGAGGCUACAGCAGAGGCCUCCAGCUGGGGCGUUCCCUGGCAGCGGGGGGCAGAGGAUGAGGAAGACUGGCUAAUGGUGGCCUCAGAGGCUGCAAUGGCCAUCGGAGGGGACUACAGGUACAUUGUUGGCCCCUGUGGGGCCUUCGCAGAAGAAGGGGAUGAGAUGAGAUCAACAGGAGGAAGAGGGGCCUUAGGAAACAGAGUACUGGGUGAACUGCGGGAUGAAGAGGAUGAUGCUGUAAUUAACGUCUGAUAGCAGCUCCUCUGAUCUGAUUGGCUGCUCGCUGUGACCCGAGUGGCAACAGACCAGCCUGGGGAUGAAGGGACUGACUCCUCCUGCAAUCUGAGGUUCACGCUGUUGAUGACGGUGGAGGAGAGGUUUUCUGUUCAGGAAUGAAACAUUUUAUGGUUUCAACAGGAAUGGGAAUCUAAAUAUCUUCCUGUUUAGCUUCUUAUGAAUUAGUCAGUUAUCAAAAUAGAG